AUAACAUCAAAAUUCAGUGACCAUUUAUGCAAUUGACCCUAUUUUUAGCUGGAAUUUCCCAUUUGUGAGAAAAAUCAAAUAAAGCAAAUUUUCCUCUCCCAGUUUCCGUUAAACAACAGAUCCCUUUCGUGACACACUGCUCUCUCUGUCUCACGCCCACGCCACAACAAGCGCAGAGAGAAUAAGGAAGAAAGACGGAAAAAAAUAAACAACCAUCAAAAAUACCAAUCCAACUGUAAACUCCCUCUCCCUUCGGCCUUCUUCCUUCUUCCUUCUUCCUUCUUCAGUCUUCUUCUCCUCCCCCAUCCCUGCCCAAAUUCCACCCUUCCUCGUCGCUGCCUUCCUCCCCAUUUCCAGCUCCUUCUGAGCUCUCUCCCCCCCGUUCGCCGUCUUUGCUUCCUUGGCAUUGGGCGCCGAACGGGCUUUACUAAACUUGGAGGGAGGGAAGACAAAGAGUGUCAGUCUCAAGAGUCCUUCCGCGCGAGGUUUAUCCCAAUUGGAAAUUGGUGGGGGUCUUCUUUCCCUUUCUUUCCUCUCGCUUUACCUUGGUGGGUAUUCGAGGAGCAGGAACAUGUGGGCGAUCGUGAUGGGUUUGUCUUGAGAUUGCCCCUUCGUUUCUCUUUUCACGCCCCCCUGAUUCGACAGCGGCUUUCAUUUUCCUAGCUGGGUUGGAAUCCGAUUUCUCUUAUUAAGGAGGGUUUUGAUUUUUUUCGCUGUGCAAUCAUUGGAUGGUAGUGUGUGGACUUUGUUGAAGUUGAGUCCGGGCACGGCAGGCAGUUCACGUCCCACUAUUAGAUGUAGUAGCUGGUUUUCUCUUCUGCUCAUGGAAUGAUGGAUUGUUGAUUUGCGGGAGUGGUUGCCGUGGUGGGUUUUGGGACUUGAGGAAGAGGGUUUAAUUCGGAUUUUGGUUUUGGGGUUGGAUUUGUAUUGAUCUUGGGGAGGGAGAUUGCUAGAGUGGGGAGAAUGUCUGGGGGGACGCCGAGAGGUGGGUAUGUGAGGCAGAGACAUAGCCAAGGAGGAUAUGGAUCGAGUGGUGAUGAUUUGGAGGAUGAUGCUUGCUCAAGACCACAACAGCACUUCUCUCCAACUCCUCCCAGAGUUAGGUCUUGGGUAGAGAUUUUGGAGAAUCUGCUCUGGAUUGCUUCAUCCCUUUUCAUCGUUUACUAUGGGGACAGACAUUCCAAUUUGAUAUAUCUACUGUGGCACGAUGGUAGGAUAAGAAGAAUGCCCUUGUACUUCGGGAUGGCAGGUGUUGGUUUCAAUGUACUUAUAUUUUUGUACACAAGUUUGUUUGCUUGGAGCGACAGAAGAUUUGACGAGAAAUGGGAAUUGUCGAGCUUAUCUGCUUUACCAUGGGUUACUGUAUUGGGACUCGUCUCCUUCUGCUUGUUCAGUGUGGCUUUGUGGCCAAUAUGGAGUUUCUUGACAAUUCCUCUUCUGUUCACCCUGUUCAUGGCUUUCAUGAUAAUCUUUCCUUCAGUAAUAGUUGGAACGCUGAGGCAACAAGGUGAUGCAUUCCGUAUAGAUUAAAAGACUCUCGAGAGCAGGUGGAGAUACUCUGACAUAGAUGAACAAUUUUCUAACCCAAAACCAUGGUGGGUAGCACUUGAUGUAGGUCAAAAGAUCCAUUUUGUCUCAUGGAAGAACACAAAUUUACUGCACAGUUUUGACCUCUUGGUGUUGGAGGUGGUGGUCGCAGAAGAAAGCUGAUCUGGAAUUCACCCGAUCAGUUGUUAUACCCUCAAUUGUCCUUGACACAGACACUAAAAUUUUCAGGCAACCAUCUCUUAUAAAGUGCAGGAUUGGGUCGAUAAACAAGGCGGGAUGGAGAGACUUCAAGCAGGAAUUUAGAUUGAUUGAUUUGAUUGGUUGUAUUGUGAUAAGUUUUGUGACUGAAUUCCAUCUCGCCCUUGUUUUUUGAUUGCUCUUUAGAAUUUGAAUGAGAAGGGGCCAGUACAGUUCCAAUAGUGACUAAAUUUGGUGUUCAUAAUAUUUUCUUGUCGUAACUCGUAUAGUCUCAUCUGGAUUCAUCCUGUUUCCAUAACAUCACAAAGCUGCAGGC